GUACGGACGUAUUAUCGCGCGCGCGCUCCACGUUCUAGGAACUUUUGCCUUUGGCGUACUGGCAGAUUCCUCACAACAGUGUCUACUCUCAAAGAUGGCAGAUCAAUUUGUGUUGUAUUAUCAUGUGACGGUGAAAAGCUCUCGUUGAUAAGGCGGUACGUGCGUUAACUGUCGUAGAUUUUCUUCCUGUGGAAGGACCGCGUUCCACAAAGUCGAAAAUCGGCGCGAUGGCGGACAUGAAGAGUCCACCGUUCAGUGAUAUUAAGAGGCCGGAGGAGGUGGUGGCGAUGGCGAUGAACGACAGCUUGAAAUUCGCCGUCCUGAUUGGCCUGAUCGAAGUGGGACAGGUGUCUAAUCGGGAAGUUGUCAACACGGUGCUUCAUUUGCUCGUGGGCGGAGAAUUCGACAUGGAGUUGAACUUCGUGAUACAGGACGCACAGAACAUCAGGCACAUGUUGGAACUUCUGGAUCACUGCCCACCUAAUCUCCAGGCCGAAAUAUGGAGCGUAUUUAUUGCGAUUUUAAGGAAAAGCGUUCGGAAUUUACAGGCAUGUACAGAUGUAAGUCUUAUAGAACACGUGCUGCAUCGAUUAUCGCGAGCGGAGACUGUUGUUGCAGAUUUAUUGAUCGAUAUGCUCGGAGUAUUAGCGAGCUACAGUAUCACCGUAAAGGAGCUGAAACUUCUCUUCGGUGCCAUGAAAGCGGUUAAAGGGAAAUGGCCGCGACAUUCGGCGAAACUCUUGAAUGUACUUCGUCAAAUGCCGCAACGAAACGGGCCCGAUGUAUUUUUCAGUUUUCCUGGUAGGAAAGGAUCGGCAAUAGUAUUACCUCCACUAGCAAGGUGGCCUCACGAGAACGGGUUCACAUUUACCACGUGGUUUCGUCUGGACCCCAUCAACUCGGUUAAUAUCGAACGAGAAAAGCCGUACCUCUACUGUUUUAAGACUAGUAAAGGAGUAGGAUACUCUGCGCAUUUCGUAGGCAAUUGCUUAGUCCUCACGUCUAUGAAAGUGAAGGGCAAGGGCUUCCAGCACUGUGUCAAAUAUGAAUUUCAACCGCGAAAGUGGUAUAUGAUCGCCGUAGUGUACAUAUAUAAUAGAUGGACCAAAAGUGAAAUUAAGUGUUUGGUCAAUGGUCAAUUGGCUUCGAGUACGGAAAUGGCAUGGUUUGUGUCGACGAACGACCCAUUCGACAAAUGUUAUAUCGGAGCUACACCAGAAUUGGAUGAGGAACGAGUAUUCUGUGGUCAAAUGAGCGCGAUAUAUCUAUUUAGUGAGGCACUGACAACUCAUCAGAUAUGCGCUAUGCACAGACUAGGACCUGGAUAUAAGAGUCAGUUUCGUUUUGACAACGAGUGUUACCUGAAUCUGCCAGACAAUCACAAAAGGGUGAGUGAUGAGCAGGAGCUCACGAGCAUGGUGGACCAAAGUAUGCAAACUGUACUUUACGACGGAAAGCUGUCAAAUGCUAUUGUGUUCAUGUACAACCCAGUGGCUACGGAUUCUCAACUUUGCCUGCAAAGUGCACCGAAAGGCAACGUUCCGUAUUUUGUACAUACACCGCAUGCUCUAAUGCUCCAGGAUGUCAAGGCUGUUAUAACACAUUCGAUACACAGUACAUUAAAUUCGAUCGGUGGUAUCCAAGUGCUAUUUCCUCUUUUUUCGCAAUUAGAUAUGCCUUAUGAUUGUAUAGCACCGAACGACAUCAAGCGAGAUCCUACAUUAUGUUCGAAAUUGUUGGGCUUUAUAUGCGAUCUUGUGGAGAGUUCUCAAACGGUUCAACAACAUAUGGUACAGAAUCGUGGAUUUUUGGUAAUUAGUUACAUGCUUCAGAGAGCUAGUAGAGAUCAUCUGACUACGGAAGUUCUAGCAUCCUUUUUGGAACUUACAAAACAUCUGGUAACCUGUCUCAGUGCGAACAGCGAUCUGUUGCUAAAGCAGUUGUUUUACUUUUCAUUCCUAACCUGGCAGCUAUUGGAUCACGUCCUUUUUAAUCCCGCUCUAUGGAUAUACACGCCAGCGCCGGUACAAACCCGGCUUUAUUCGUACUUGGCCACAGAGUUCCUCAGCGAUACGCAAAUUUAUUCUAACGUAAGACGCGUCUCUACUGUCCUUCAAACGGUGCAUACGCUCAAGUAUUACUAUUGGGUUGCUAAUCCCCGUGCCAAGAGUGGAAUAACGCCGAAAGGACUCGACGGACCACGACCUCAACAAAAAGAUAUCUUGACAAUACGUUCUUAUAUUUUACUAUUUCUUAAACAAUUGAUCAUGAUCGGCAAUGGCGUGAAGGACGACGAAUUGCAGAGUAUUUUGAAUUAUUUAACAACGAUGCACGAGGAUGAAAAUUUGCACGAUGUUUUGCAAAUGCUUAUUUCUCUUAUGUCCGAGCAUCCUUCAUCGAUGGUACCAGCAUUCGAUGCAAAACAAGGCGUUAGAACGAUCUUCAAACUUUUAGCAGCUGAAAGUCAAUUGAUUCGUCUUCAAGCAUUGAAAUUAUUAGGAUUCUUUUUAAGUCGCAGUACACACAAAAGGAAAUACGAUGUAAUGAGCCCACACAAUUUGUAUACUCUACUAGCCGAAAGAUUAUUGUUAAACGAGGAAACAUUGUCCUUACCAACUUACAACGUUUUAUACGAGAUAAUGACGGAACACAUAAGUCAACAAAUACUUUAUGCCAGGCAUCCCGAACCAGAGUCACAUUUUCGUUUAGAAAAUCCUAUGAUUCUUAAAGUAGUGGCAACACUGAUACGACAAUCAAAGCAAACGGAACAAUUGUUAGAAGUGAAAAAAUUGUUUCUUUCCGAUAUGACAUUACUUUGCAAUAACAAUCGAGAAAAUCGUCGAACCGUAUUGCAAAUGUCCGUCUGGCAGGAGUGGCUCAUAGCUAUGGCUUAUAUCCAUCCAAAGAACACAGAGGAACAAAAGAUUUCUGAUAUGGUUUAUUCUCUGUUUCGAAUGCUCCUUCAUCACGCUAUCAAACAUGAAUAUGGUGGUUGGCGUGUAUGGGUUGAUACUUUGGCGAUAGUACAUUCAAAGGUAUCCUACGAGGAAUUUAAACUUCAGUUCGCUCAAAUGUACGAGCAUUAUGAGAGACAAAGAUCCGAUAAUAUAACGGAUCCUGAAUUGAGACAACAAAGACCCAUUAGUACAAUUUCCGGUUGGGAUCAGCAACAUUCAGGGAAUAAUGGUUAUAAUCGACCAUCGCCUUGGACUAAUCAACAACAGAAUCAUGAAGUUCAGCAUAUUGAAAGGAAUUACAAAGAAUUUGAUGGAACAGAAGGAAACGAUCGUCUUGAGGAAACGUGCAGUUGUGAUCUGAACUCUAUAGACAACACCGAAAGCGACGGUAGUCCGGCGAUCGUCAACAAAUCCCAUAGCGAGACCUUAGAUACCAUGCAGUCCAGCGAAGCAGUCUCUUUAGAUUCAAGAUUGAGCGACAAACCGGAAACACCAACGACGGCCCGAGAGAUUCACACAGACACACCGACAAUUUUGGAAGAGGCGAAUAGCGAAGUAGCUUCUUUGCCAACGACCCAAGAGACCAGCGAAGUGAUAUCGAUCGAAAGCUCCAGCGAUAUAUACAGUGAAGUACAGAAGAGUCCAAGUCCAGAUUCUAUGGUGGUUCAAAGUACGGUACAAAAAGAAGACGAUAUCGUACAGCAAGAAUUGGAAACUUCUACAAAAGAUCAAAUAGAAGAUAAAGAGAAUAAAACGAAUGUCGAUGUUGUUAUCGAGAAAGAAGUCGAAAAGGAAAUGGUAAAGAAUGAUGAUUUAAAUGAUGAUAAAGUUGCCGAACCGGUAGAAUCUAAUGACUCCGAAACAAAGGAAGAAGAAAACGAAGAUGAUAAGUCUCAUCAGACAAUGGAUUAUAAUAACGACGCGAGUAGUACUAAGGAAGAUAGUCCUAAAAAAAUGUUAGAAAAGUCAGAAAAGACAGAAAAGAUGGAGGAAACGAACGACGACGAAAAGAAGUCCGAAAUUAUAAACGAUAUGACUAAGGAAGAAUCGGAAUCAGUUGACGAUUCGAAGUAUCUUGAAAAACUACAAUUGGAAAAUGAUCGAGAAAUCAUAGAUAGCGAUACUUCUGAGGCAUAUCUAACACCAACGGAACAACAGGAAACAUCCACGGAAACAAAGACGGGCGUUGCGGAUGUCGCGAAGAUCGAUGAGAAAGAUUUCGCUGAGAAAGUUGCCGUAGCUGAAGAAAGAAACGUUAGGGCCAAUGAAGAUGCCGAAGAAAUUGAGGACGUUCCAAAGGGUCCAGAAGAUUUGAUCGAUACGAUAGAAACGCAUACUAACGCAAAAACUACAAGUAGCAAUGACGAUAAAAUAGAAGAAAAAAUAGAAGAAGAAGAAGAAGAAGAAGAAGAAGAAGAAGAAGAAGAAAAAGAAGAAGAGAUAGGAAAAGAAGCCGAAAAAGUCGUAGUGAGUAGUACGUUAGAGAGCGACGAACGUGUCGUCGCAGACGCUUUAAAGAACAACAAAAGUGCUGUUAUUAAUAGUAACGACGACGAGCAGGUAAUUGAAAAACACUCAAGGGAGCCGUCCACUAUUUCUACUAGCGUAAGUGAUAAUAAGUCAGACAUUCCGGUGAGAACCGACGAGGUAGGAGUAACGGAUAGUGUUUCUAGUAAUAGCGAUAUUCAAAGUUCUGUAGAUAAUGUGACGCAAGUGCCAAAUCCUAAACAGCAAAUCCCAACAAUAUCUACGGUCUGUGAUGCUACUAAAAGUUUACCCGACGGUGUGCCUCAAAACGUUAGUUCUAAUGUGGUUGCAAUGGACAAUCCAGUUACUACGAAUGACUUAACUCCAGAUCACGUAGAUGCCCACCGCAGAUCCAGUUUGCCGAUCGUAUCCUCCGAGAUGAUUGCUGAAAGCAACGCCGAGGAACCUCCUUCUCUGCCUGUUCCCUUACGAAAAACAUCAUCACCCCAAAAAAGACCAAGGAGUGCCUCAACGUCCACGCAAGUGGAUCCGAAUCAUUUUGAAUCGAAAAGAACGAAGCAAGGAAAUCCUUCCACCAGACCAAUGUUCAGUCCGGGACCGACUCGGCCACCAUUCAGAAUACCAGAAUUUAAAUGGUCAUACAUUCAUCAGCGAUUAUUAUCGGAUGUUCUAUUCUCUCUCGAAACAGAUAUUCAAGUUUGGAGAAGUCACUCCACUAAAUCGGUAUUGGAUUUUGUGAAUAGUAGCGAAAAUGCAAUUUUCGUAGUCAAUACCGUUCACCUGAUUUCACAAUUGGCCGACAAUCUUAUCAUAGCAUGCGGUGGACUGUUGCCACUUUUAGCUUCGGCUACAUCGCCAAACAGCGAGUUAGACGUGAUCGAACCGACUCAGGGGAUGCCUAUAGAAGUAGCAGUUUCGUUUCUUCAAAGGUUAGUCAACAUGGCUGACGUUCUGAUCUUCGCAAGCUCCUUGAACUUCGGUGAACUCGAAGCUGAGAAGAACAUGUCCAGCGGUGGAAUUCUGAGACAAUGUUUGCGACUGGUCUGUACAUGUGCCGUUAGAAACUGCUUAGAGUGUAAAGAGCGUGGCAGAUCGUACAGCAUGUUAGGUCGACAGAUUGGUACUAGUAAUAAAUCACAGCACAUACAGUCUCUAAUACGAGGAGCUCAGACAUCGCCCAAGAACAUAGUGGAUAAUCUGGCUCAUCAAUUAAGUCCUGUGAAGGAUCCGGAAAAAUUACUUCAAGACAUGGAUGUGAAUCGCUUGAGAGCCGUGAUAUACAGAGAUGUUGAAGAAACCAAGCAGGCACAGUUUCUGUCCCUGGCUAUAGUUUACUUCAUCUCUGUACUAAUGGUCUCGAAGUAUCGCGAUAUAUUGGAACCACCGAUAUCUCAACGUCCACCAAGUCCUGUUCAAACAAUACAAACUAAUGGCGCCGGUUUAAGACCGGGUAGUCCCUCAGGAGAUGGGAAUGGUGGUGGAGGAGGUCGGCCCCUGUUUCCACAGUGGUCUCACCACGUGUACCCACAGUUCCUCCCGGGAUCUCACCCUAACGCCAAUGCGAAUGCCAAUGCCAAUGCCAACCAUCACAUCAGCCAGCACCACCACCAGCACCCGCUACCGGCUGCCAGGCACUCUAAUCGCCAGCCACCCUCCAGCUAUUAUCUCCCGAAUCACCACAACAACCAUUACAACCAUCACCCGAACAACCAUAAUUAUCAUCGACACCAUCAUUACCAUCAUCACAAUAACAACAACCAUCACCAUACGCUUCAAAAGCAUAUAGAACAGCCCCGAAAUCUCUGUCAUAGAAACUCCGCUGUCGGUCUGCAAGGAAGCGCAGGCAUGAUAAGUCAGUCCGGUUCUCAAGACGACGGUGAAUACGAAGUUAUUAUAGUAGACGAAAAUAAUUCCUCCAUCUUGGCCGACCACGACGUUACGUCGUCCGGUCCACCAUCGACCAAGGGAGGUCACAGUGGUGUACCUCGACCACGGACAAUUCUCGAGGAUUACACCUCGUCAGAACCAACGCUUGGCUCUUCUACGAGGUCCGAACCACUGCCACGAAAUCUUCAGAGCAACGAUUCCAGCGAAGAGGCUGUUCAUCGUAGCAAUAUUACCGCUGAUCCAAGCCCGUCAGAAGUGACGACGGAUAAUGAGAACAAGCAUAAUUCAUCGGAGGAAGCUUGGACCGACGUGAAUUUGAACGAGGAUGGCGAUACGAUGCCCAUAUCGAAUCCUCGGGAAGAUCCUCGAAAUAUUCAUAAUAUCGCCCAUUCGCGUGGUGAUAUUCAAAAUAGCGAAGGUAACGUUUUGGAACAAGAGAUAGUAGGUAAUGCGGAACGCGGAGAAAAACCCGCAGCAGAAAUUUCUGUGGUCCGUGUACCGGAUAGACUCGUUGUAAAUGCGGCAUCGCCGAGACCGGACGAUCUACCAAUCAAAGGAUUGGUCGAUCAUCUUCCUGUACCAACACCGUCAAGAGAGGCAUCGCUUACGCAAAAGUUAGAAAUGGCGCUUGGUUCUGUUUGUCCUCUUCUUCGAGAAAUCAUGGUCGACUUUGCUCCUUUUCUUUCAAAAACGCUAGUCGGAUCGCACGGACAAGAACUAUUAAUGGAAGGGAAAGGCUUGACCACGUUUAAGAACAGCAAUUCCGUGGUAGAACUGGUGAUGCUGUUGUGUUCUCAGGAAUGGCAGAAUUCUUUACAAAAAUAUGCUGGUCUUGCCUUCAUUGAGCUCAUCAACGAGGGCAGAUUAUUGUCUCACGCGAUGAAGGAUCACAUAGUAAGAGUCGCGAACGAGGCGGAAUUUAUUUUGAAUCGUAUGAGAGCAGAUGAUGUAUUGAAGCACGCCGACUUUGAGUCUCAAUGUGCUCAAACGUUGCUAGAUCGACGAGAAGAGGAAAGAAUGUGCGAUCAUUUGAUAACAGCUGCACGAAGGCGAGAUAACGUGAUCGCCAGUAGAUUGCUUGAAAAAGUUCGUAAUAUUUUAUCGAACAAACAUGGCGCCUGGGGUUACAUGGAUCCAAUGGCUGCAAAGCUGGCCGAAUAUUGGAAGCUAGAUGCUUGGGAGGAUGAUGCACGUAGACGUAAGCGUUUCGUGCACAAUCCACUAGGCUCGAGCCAUCCCGAAGCUACGCUGAAGGCAGCCCUUGAACACGGUGCACCCGAGGAUGCGAUACUUCAAGCGCGCGAAGAGUUUCACGCGCAUCUCGCAGCCUCGCGUGCACAUCAGCAACAAUUGCAGUCGGCGGAUCUAAUGGACGACAGCGAGCUUCUCUCAGACGACAGAGAUCUCGAUAAUGACUUAACAGGUCCGGUAAAUAUCAGUACGAAAGGAAAGCUAAUAGCACCGGGUAUAGUUGCACCUGGGAUUAUAUCAGUGACAUCGACGGAAUUAUAUUUCGAGGUUGACGAAGAGGACGUGGAAUUUAAGAAAAUCGACAGCGAGGUAUUGAAAUACUGUGACCACCUACACGGAAAAUGGUACUUCUCCGAGGUCCGAGCUAUCUUCUCUCGUCGUUAUCUCCUACAAAACGUAGCAAUCGAGAUCUUCCUCGCGAGCAGAACAUCGAUCCUUUUCGCGUUCCCGGAUCAGGCGACGGUGAAAAAGGUGAUCAAGGCGCUACCGCGAGUCGGCGUUGGCAUCAAAUACGGGAUUCCGCAGACUAGGAGAGCAUCAAUGAUGUCGCCAAGACAGCUUAUGAGAAGUUCCAACAUGACGCAGAAAUGGCAGCGUCGAGAGAUUUCGAACUUCGAAUAUUUAAUGUUCUUAAAUACGAUUGCUGGUCGAACUUACAACGAUUUGAAUCAGUAUCCAGUCUUUCCUUGGGUCCUGACGAAUUAUGAGACCAAGGAACUCGAUUUAAGCUUACCUAGCAAUUAUCGCGAUCUGUCGAAGCCAAUCGGUGCUUUAAAUCCCAGUAGGAGGGCUUAUUUCGAAGAACGUUUCCAAAGUUGGGAACACGACAGUAUACCACCGUUCCAUUAUGGAACGCAUUAUUCUACAGCAGCGUUUGUUUUGAAUUGGAUGAUACGCGUGGAACCGAUGACUACAAUGUUCUUGGCACUCCAAGGCGGAAAGUUUGAUCAUCCGAAUAGACUCUUCUCAUCCAUUGCACUUUCCUGGAAGAACUGUCAGCGCGAUACGUCGGAUGUCAAGGAACUUAUACCAGAAUUUUUCUUCCUGCCGGAAAUGCUUGUCAACAGCAAUCGUUAUCGCCUUGGCAGACAGGAAGACGGUAGCGCGGUUGGUGACGUUGAAUUACCUCCUUGGGCAUCCUCACCUGAAGAAUUUAUAAGGAUCAAUCGAAUGGCACUCGAAUCUGAAUUUGUAUCUUGUCAAUUACAUCAAUGGAUCGAUUUGAUAUUUGGUUACAAGCAGAAAGGUCCUGAGGCGGUACGAGCCACAAACGUAUUUUAUUAUCUCACAUAUGAAGGUAGCGUGGAUCUUGAUGCGAUAACAGAUUCGGUGAUGAGAGAAGCGAUAGAGAAUCAGAUAAGAAACUUUGGACAGACUCCGUCACAGCUUUUAAUGGAACCGCAUCCACCUAGAAGCUCGGCUAUGCAUUUGGAUACUUUUUGGAGCUCUUCGACGAAGCUGCAUAAGACUCUUCCCAUUUUGCAGUCACCGAUGAUGUUCUCCAGUAUACCAGAUGACGUUUGCAUGACAAUCAAGUUCCCAUCGAAUUCACCAAUCUGUCAUAUAUCGGCCAAUACCUAUCCGCAAUUACCAUUACCAUCGGUUGUUACUGUUACAACCGGACAACAAUUCGCUGUUAAUCGAUGGAAUACAAAUUAUGCUGCAUCAGUACAAUCCCCAAGUUAUGCCGAUACACCACAAGCUCAGGCAGCGAAUCAACCUCUUUCCAUGGAUCCAGUUUUAUCUCAAGCAGCGAAUAGCUCGAAUCCAGCAUUGCGUCGUCAUUUGGGUGACAAUUUCAGUCAGAAAUUAAAAAUUCGAAGUAAUUGUUUCGUUACCACAGUGGAUAGUCGAUUUUUAGUAGCUUGUGGUUUUUGGGAUAACAGUUUCCGUGUGUUCUCAACUGAGACAGCCAAAAUUGUCCAGAUCGUUUUCGGGCAUUACGGUGUGGUGACGUGUUUGUCUCGUAGCGAGUGCAAUAUCACUUCUGAUUGCUAUAUUGCUUCCGGAAGUGCCGACUGCACGGUAUUGUUAUGGCAUUGGAACGCUAGAACGCAGACUAUUGUCGGAGAAGGUGAAGCACCUGCUCCUCGUGCUACAUUGACGGGUCACGAGCAACCGGUCACGGCUGUUGUCAUUUCGGCCGAAUUGGGCUUGGUCGUUUCCGGUUCCUACUAUGGACCUGUCUUAGUACACACAACGUUCGGUGAUCUUCUAAGGUCCCUCGAAGCACCAAACGGAUUUUCAUCUCCCGAAAAUAUCGCUAUGUCGCGGGAAGGUGUAAUCGUUGUAAAUUAUGAACGUGGACACGUCGCUGCUUUCACCAUUAAUGGAAAGCGUCUACGUCAUGAAUCGCACAACGAUAAUCUUCAGUGCUUGCUAUUGAGCAGAGAUGGCGAGUAUCUGAUGACCGGUGGUGACAAAGGGAUCGUAGAAGUUUGGCGAACGUUUAAUCUUGCUCUCCUCUACGCUUUUCCAGCUUGCGAGAGCAGUGUGCGUUCUUUGGCACUCUCUCAUGAUCAAAAGUUUCUGCUAGCUGGUCUAGCUAAUGGUUCGAUCGUAAUAUUCCACAUCGAUUUCAACAGGUGGCAUCAUGAAUUUCAGCAACGUUACUGAAACUGCUGCUUCUUCCUCCUUUAGCGAGCAAAAAAGUUCGCUCGUGUUUCCCGCGAAGAUCAACAAAGCGACCAUGGAUCUAUAUAAAAUUUGUGACAAGGAACAACGAGGACACGCUUUUUCGAAAUAUUGAUGAGUAAGGGACAAAAUGAAAGAAUAAAGAAGAUAAGUGUUUCUGUGGAAUGAAGAAUUUAAGAAAAUUAGACACAGGGAGGGCGAAUGAAUCCGUAUUAAAUAAUCCACGAUUAUCCAGCGCUCAGCAAUAAGCUCGCUUUUUACAAAUUGAUAAGAAAUAAUGUAGCGCUUUUUCCAAAGUGUUUUACGAGAAAAUAUUCGAACAUUGGUAAUAGAGAGAGAGAGAAAGAGAGAGAGAGAGAGAGAGAGAGAGAGAGAGAGAGAGAGAAAGAAAGGGGAAGGGAGGGAGAGAAUAAGAAACAGUGUGUGAGAGAAAGAGAGACAAAUGUCGAUAGAAAAGAGAAAAAUUCGCUCGAUUCUCGCACGUUAAUUUUGCACUAUUUGAUUCCGAUGAACUGUCGGAAAAGCGGAAGGAACUUUUCAAAGAUUUUCCGACAGUUCCGAUCGAUAAGGGCGGAGCUCGUUGUGAGCUCCUGAUCGAGCGACAUACGCUCAAUGCUAGUCAAUUAAUCGAGACACGGAAGUAGCCGAGUUAUUCUCACGUUUUCGAUAAACAAAGCGGAUCGGAAUUGACAAUGAAACAGAAAAAAUAUAAAGGAAUAAAAGAGAAAAUAAAAAGAUGUUUCACGAAGGCGGGAGGAAAAUCGAAAAAGAACAAAAAAGAAGAAAAGAAAAUAAGAAAUGCGCAAUGCCGACGUAAUGCCGGCAUAAAUCACGAGCCGUUCAAAAGUCGCGUAUUUUCGGUUCUCUUCGGCCGUGUACAGGAUAUAUUAGAGCGUAAGUUAAUUUUUACGGCUCGAAUCGCGCGGGUUCAUUUAUAACCCUCGCUCAUUCAAAAGCUACUAUCUCGUUUCCUUUACCCUUCGUUAGUAACUCUUUUCCUGUAAAUAAUAAAUCGCCGUGUUAUGUAAACUUAUGUAUACACAUGCACACAUUCACAAACACACAAAUACAUACAUAUAUACAUAAUAAAAUGGUGUGCAGAUAAUUAAAAAUAAGAGAAUUACGGAACAAAAUGAUAAUAUACGCGUAUGCGUUCGUUAGCGUUAGGGCGAUUAAUUUCAUUUAAACGAAAAUGAAAAAAAGUAAAAAAAAAAAAGAAAAAGGAAAAAGAAAAGAUGGGAAAAAGAAAAAAGAGAAAAAAUACCGCGUACCGUCUUAUACGAACAAAAAAAGAAAACAUAUUACGUAGGAAGAGAGGCAUCUUAUUUCCACAAGCAAGUCUGUUAAAAGUUAUAGAAAAAGAAAGAAACAAAAAAAAAAAGAAGAAAAAGAAAACGAAAAAGAAUAAGAAUAAGAAUUACGUCGCUCUCACGAUUUUUCUAACCUUUUCGGUUAAGAGCACGCGAGCAGCAUCACCUUAAAUUUCGAGGCACGCGAAAAGAGAAUGGUAGAGAAAGAAAAAGAGAAUAUAAGAAAUGCGAGAUAGAUGGCAUUCUCUUUGUAUACUCUGCCGUCCGCGAAGCUUUUGUAUAAUCCGUGUAUCUACGCUAACGAGCACUUCCCUGAAUUACACCUGCUAUAUAUCUAAGAUUCCAUUUCCCCCUUUAUCCGACUUACUAUAUGCACUUAAGUAAGCCUGUCCCUGUUUACUACACACUAUUUACCUCAGCCCACCCUUAUCCAACGUUCGCGUCCUUCGAAAGAGAUCCUAAUUUUAUCAAAGCCGUCCAGCUUAACUUUUUGCGAGGAUAUUUCUUGGUAUUUUCGCACACGAGAUAUAUAAUCAGCAGAUCGAUUAAAUUACAUAGGCUAAAGAAAUGUGGUUUUAAACAUCUCGAAUUCAUUCUGACAGUGGUCCGUCGUAUCACCGAAGGAUCAACAUUUCUUCUUUCACGAUUGGACCUAGUGCGUCCUUCGUGGAAGUUGAUUUUGUGUAAUUGAUAGAAUAAGAGAGAGAGAGAGAGAGAGAGAGAGAGAGAGAGAGAGAGAGAGAGAGAGAGAGAGAGAUAUGCGUGUGUGUGAAAGAGAAAAAAAGAGUUCGAAUGAUUUAAGACAGCGAAAUAUUUUGAUUAGAUACAAAAAGAAAAGGAUUGAUAUUAAUUACUCUGAGAUUCAUUUUUAUUACGAUUUUUGCGAAAUCAUUUUUAUAUUGAAAAUUAAAUAAAACAGAGAUGGAUAACGUUAGGAAUGAAGAUAAUUUUCUCGUGUUACUGCCUUUAUAAGUCGAUAUUUUUCGAAGCUAAAAAGAACGACGAACUCUCGGUAUGAAUGUAACUGAUAAUGGUAGAAGAGCACGUAUAGCUUCGAGUCGUUUGCACUUAGUCUUUGAUGCAUGCUUUCUUCAAACGUAUGACUCGUCCUCGCUUCGUUUCGCUUUGCACAACGACGCAAAAAUUAAUCGAGCUGUCUCGAUGGACAAUCGUUUUUACCCGCGCGAGCGCAUGUUAAUCAGCGAGAUUACAAGACGUGGUUAUUGAUAUCGAUAGGGUGUGUCAUAGUUAUUCCAUUUUUUCGGAGACUUCGAGGGGGAAGGUCUUCAUGUCGCGAAGUGGGACAAAGGAACGUGAAUGGGCGUGAAAAAUGUUUUACGAAUGAAGGAAAGAUUUCUUCAAGUAUAACAAGUGCGAAAUUCGUGUGUUACGGACUCGCGGAGGCUAUUUUUCGCGAUUCCAUGGAAGUACAAUAGGAUUUGUUAUUAUAGAGAUAGUUGGGGGAAAAAAAAAAGAAAAAAAGAAAAAAGGAAAAAAAAGAAAGAAAAAAAACAAAAGAAAUAGGAUUUGGAAAUCAAUCUUAAUUUCUACGAUAGCAUUAUUAAGCGAAUUAUAUUUUAUUAUGCCUCUUGUCCCCUUUAUAUUUUAUAUUUUUAUUUGAAACAUCUUUUAUGCGUUUAUCAGUCUUAUCUUAAAAAUUUUUUUUUUAUAUUACAGAAACUUUCGAUUUACAUUUAAAUCGAUCGAGAUCAUUUGCCGGGUCAUCGACAUUUAUUUAAAAGGUUCGAAUGAUAAACAGCUCAGGAUGCUAAACUAGUCAGAGACUUCUCUUUUAUAAAUGCAGAGGACAAAGAUGAAAGUAGUCGCGAACGAAGGUCUACGUGGUCCGUAUCGAUUAUAGGUGUUGAUAUAAUAUUUAAAGGCAUUCUUAAUGCUAUUAUUGUCUACGGCUUAAGUGUAAAAAAUGUAGGAUCGCAUGGUUCCGUCGUUUGUACCGUUCGAGUUACAUGCAAUAGAGCUGUCGAAAAUCAAUAUUGUGUAUAUUAAUCAAUACAGGAAAUUACGUCGAUGCUUGCAUGCGACAGUGGAUCAAUCGAUCCCUCUCGAUCGCUCGUCGUACGUACGGUAUUAUUAUCAAUGAUAAUGAUGACGAUGAUGAUGCUGAUUAUUAUUAUUAUUAUUAUUAUUAUUAUUAUUAUUAUUAUUAUUAUUAUUAUUAUUAUUAUUAAUUUUAUUUUUAUUGUAUUAUGAUUAUUAAUAUUAACAUAGAAACGUAAGGAAAUCCUAAAAAAAAGAAAAAAGAAAAAAAAAAAAGAAAAAAAGAUAAUGUUUCGUGUGCAACGUGUCAAGUAACAGUAAUGUUCGCCAAAUGGGGCGUGUUCUUUUUAUUUGUGCAUGAUGAUCGUAAAAUGUUCCCUUCGCGAUUCGGAUACGAGUGAAAAAAAAAGUGAAUUUAAGUAAUAUAAGCGCGAGAGGAAGAAUAUGUGUAUGUGUGUGAAUGAAUGAAAGGAAACGAAUGAAAGAAACGACGAUAAAGUUCGAAAAUAAUCGAGAUAAAGGUGAAAGAGUCGUGCUUGAUGCUUGCAAGCACAAUAUAAUUAGUUUUCUUGUAAACGUAUAAGAUUGUAUUUCUAUCGCGCAUAUAAUCGUUUUACGUGUACUUAAGUGUACAGGAGCAUAUUAUCGACGUCUUAUUUUCGCUACUAAUAUGAGAAAGUGAGAAUGUAUGAGAGAAAGAGAUAAAGAUAGAGAUAGAAGUAGAGAAAGAGAGAGAGAGAGAGAGAGAGAGAGAGAGAGAGAGAACAGACAGACAGAAAAAGAGAGAGAAAGAGAGAAAGAGAGAUAGAGAAAGAAAAAAGGAUGUACGAAGAGAAAGAAUAACGUGGAAAGUCACACACAUACACACGCUACGUAUACAUUUCAUCGGCGAUUUUCUGCUUUCCCUCUCGACCUAACGUUUUUCCGUCGACGUUCGACGAGCGAGUCUAAUUAUUAUUAUUAUCGUUAUUAUAACAAUCAGUGCAAUAAUAAAGGAAAGAUUUUUACGAGAGAUUUUCUUUUUCGAUUGAAUGGUCUGGGGAAGACGUUCGCGUAUGUAAGAGAGCAAAGCAAGUUAACGUCGGUGAUGAUGUAUCUUAGCGGUGCGAAAAAAUUUCGUGUAAAAUGAUAAAAGAGAUGAAAAAGAAACAAAAAAAAGGAGAAAGAAAGAAAGAAAGAAAGAAAACAAAAAGAGGCGUGAGAAAGAAGAGUUUUUAUAUUUGUUUAUAGAUGUGUGAGAAUGCUGCACUUUUCGAGCAUGUUGUUAGUGAAUUCCCUCCAUAUUGCUAUAUAUACAUAUAAAAGGAAGUUUAAAGAAAGCAACAACAAUAAUAACAGCAACAACAAUAACAACAAUAACAAGAAAAAAUAAUGAAAGAAAAAGAACAAAAAAAACAAAAAGAAAUAAUGGCAAAUAACAAGUCGAUUUUCUGUCCGUACUUGAACUUCAGUAUAUAUAUAUAUAUAUAUAUAAAAUAUAUUGCUACUAUUUUAAAUAACGCUAAGUACAACGCUACAAGAGUUUGCCUAUAAUUAUAUUAUUACGAUUACUACAUUCUAUUGUCAUUAUUAUAUCGAUUAAUAUCCUUAUUGGAUUAAUACGGAUUAUGAAUUAUAAACGUACUUAAUAUUACGGAUGAACGAACAAAAGUAGAAAAAAAAGAACAAGAAAACGUGAUGAAAAACAAAAUAAAAAGAGAAAUUAAUGGGAAAGAAAGAAAAUAGCUCGGAGGAGGAGAAAUUAGGAGUACUAUAAAUUUGUAUAUGAUAUGUAACGAGAAAAAGAGAGAGAAGGAGAGAAACAGAGAGAGAGAGAGAGAGAGAGAGAGAGAGAGAGAGAAAGAGAAAGAGUUAAGGCCCAAAUUAAUUAAUGUUUUUGCGUGUUGAGUAAACGAUAACAGGGAUACGUUUUACUUCAUUCAGAAAUCAAUCUUCGAAUUGCUAGACCGAUAUUUAAAAAAAAAAAAAAAAAGAUAAUAAAAAAAAGAAAAAAAAAAAGAAAAAAAGAAAGAAAGAAAACGAAAAGAAAGCUACGAAAAAUAUAAAUCAGUAGACUUUCUCGAGCUCGUAAAAAAAAUGGGGAACUUUUUCUUAAUCGAUUCGUUCGUACACGAAGGGCUGCCUGUAGAGUUAUUAUGAAUCUAUGAUAGAUUAAUCGACGCGUUCGAAACGAUUCAUCGCAAAAUUUCCAGAGCAAGAAAAUUAAAAAAGAAAAAAAAAAUAAUAAAAAAAGAGAAAGGAAACAAUAGAUCGGACAUUUUUGUUUUGAAUCGUUUCGAAUACUCGUCUUCAUCGAUCCUUCGUUUCGCUAUUCGCGGCGUUUAAGAGCGACGGGGAAAAACGAAAGACAUUCCAAAACAAUAAUUACAUACAUCACGGAAGGAAAAGAAUCGAUUUUUAGUCCGAUCGUUCUAGUGGUAGGUCGUGCGAUAGAAAGGAUUAAAAAGAAAAGAAAAAAAAAAAAAAAAUAAAACAAGAAAAGAGAAAAAAAGGAUACGGUGAUUCAAUGAAUGCAUAAACAUUACUGGACAAUGCUUGCUUUACGAUUUCGCAUAAUAGUGUUUUUAAUAUUACAGUGAAAUAUUCAAAAGAGAUUAGAGCUUAGGAGCUCUGACUUUACCUACCGUAAGAUCGUUCUGCGGUACCCUGGUAUUCCUCUUUUGACGUCGAAUGUUAUGUAGAUCGAUUUUUUUUGUUUUGUAAUUCUUACGAAUUUAAUAAAACUCAAAAUCGCGUUAAGACGAAAUAGAGGAUGAAUUAAUAAGAGAAAACGAAUGGAACCGCGAACGAUCUUCGAAAGAUUUCUGAUUUUACGACGAAGCCAAAAUCGUAAUUAAAAAUCGUUGAUCGAUAGGAAUGAGUCAUGUGAUUUUAUCGAAUUAUCGUUUUUUCGCUAAAGAAAAAAAAAAAAAAAAGAAAAAGAAUAUAACACCUGGUAGAAGGAGAAAUGGUGUAGAGGUUUAUUCCCGCCACUUUUAACGAGUACGUAUUAAGUAGAAAAGUACUUAAGUCGUUGCUACCACAUUACCAAUAUAAGCUCCAUUGCUUAUUUUAUACUUAGAAAUAUCGUAACGUUUCGAUUUAGAGGUAACAUAAUGGGAAAGUUGUAUCUCUAGCUUAAGAUUAGAUUAAAAUCUGUAAACAUAAGUAGUCAAAUAAAUGAAAAGUACAUUUGA